ACUGGAGAAAGAAUAGCUCGCACACUGUCACGUCUUUCUUCUGCCCCAGCACAGCGGAAUAUAAGACUCCAACACAGAGAUAGAGGUUCAAACGUCGUGUCGGAGCGGCAGGUAGGCUUUAGGGAACCCGGGGACAUCGGAAUGUUCUGCCACUCUCCUCGCUCUUCUCUAUCUGUUCUCAACUCCGCUUGCCAUCAGUUACUGAUUGAAGUCAUACAAUCAACCGGGAUUGCUGUAUACUGCCUUUCAGUAGGUCUACUCCCUCACUGCAAUACCAAUGCGAGGGUACUGUCAGUGUAUACAGUCAGCGAGUAAACGGACGGGAGGCGCGCAUGUAAAAUAGUCACUGACAAAAUGGACAAAGGGAACUACAUCAUUGCUUCGCUUCUUUUUCAACUGCUGGACUUAAUAUGUGGUCAGUUCUUUCCAGGCAGCUGUUCAUUUGAAGACCCCUACAGCAGCUGUGGCUACAGUGUGGCCCUCGGGACCAAUGGCUUCGCUUGGGAGCAAGUCAACACUUGGGAGAGGCCCACCAUGGACGCAGCUGUUCCCACAGGUUCUUUUAUGGUGGUGAACGGCUCCGGCCGGGCGUCGGGACAGAAGGCCCACCUGCUCCUGCCUACCCUGAAGGAGAACGACACCCACUGCAUUGACUUCCACUACUCUCUAUCCAGCCGCGAAGGCUCCAGUCCCGGGGCACUCAAUGUCUACAUUAAGGUGAACGGCGGCGCCCAGGGAAACCCUGUGUGGAACGCCUCCGGCUCUGUGACCGAGGGCUGGGUCAAGACUGAGCUGGCCAUCAGUACCUUCUGGCCUAACUCCUAUCAGGUGAUAUUCGAGUCUGUAUCCGUACAGGGCCAUCCAGGGUUCAUCGCGGUGGACGAGGUCAGAGUGUUGGCCCACCCAUGCCGGAAAGCACCUCACUUCCUGCGGCUGCAGAAUGUGGAGGUGAAUGUGGGCCAGAACGCCACCUUCCAGUGUACCGCCGGGGGGAAGUGGUCACAACACGACCAACUGUGGCUACAGCAGUGGAAUGGUAAAGACACAGCCCUCAUGGUGACGCGGGUGGUGAACCACCGGCGUUUCUCGGCCACCGUCAGCGUCGGGGACACGUCUCAGAGAAGCACCAGCCGCUAUCGCUGUGUCAUCCGCUCCGAUGGUGGCUCCGGGGUCUCCAACUACGCAGAGCUUAUCGUCAAAGCUCCCCCCACACCCAUUGCCCCUCCGGAGCUCUUGGCGGUGGGGGCCACCUACCUGUGGAUCAAGCCCAACGCCAACUCCAUCAUCGGGGACGGACCUAUCAUCCUGAAGGAGGUGGAGUACCGCACCACCACGGGCAACUGGGCAGAGACCCACAUCGUGGAUGCCCCCACCUACAAGCUUUGGCAUUUGGACCCCGACGUGGAGUACGAGAUCAAGGUUCUGCUGACUCGGCCAGGCGAGGGAGGCACGGGGCCCCCGGGACCUCCACUCAUCACCCGGACCAAGUGUGCUGACCCAGUCAACGGGCCUCAGAAUGUCAAUGUGGUGGACAUCCGGGCCCGCCAGCUCACCCUGCAGUGGGAGACGUUUGGCUAUGCCGUGACGCGCUGCCACAGCUACAACCUGACCGUGCAGUACCAGUACGUGUUCAACCAGCAGGAGUUUGCGGCCGAGGAACUGAUCCAGACGUCGUCUCACUACACCCUGCGGGGUCUGAGGCCCUUUGUCACCGUUCGCCUUCGCCUGGUCCUUGCCAACCCCGAGGGCAGCAAGGAGAGCGAGGAGAUCGUCAAGCAGACGGAGGAGGAUGUUCCCGGCUCUGUUCCAAUGGAGUCCACCCAGACCGGACCAUAUGAGGAGAAGAUCUUCAUGCAGUGGAAGGCACCUAAUGAGACCAAUGGUGUCAUCACGCUAUACGAGAUCACCUAUAAGGCUCUGAGCUCCUUGGACCCCAGUGCAGACCUGACCACCCAGCGCGGCAGGGUGUUCAAGCUACGCAACGAGACCCACCACCUGUUUGUGGGGCUCUACCCGGGCACCACCUACUUCUUCACCCUCAAAGCCAGCACCAACAAAGGUUUUGGACCCCCUGUUACCACCCGCGUCGCCACCAAGAUAGCAGCCCCAUCGAUGCCGGAAUACGAGACAGACACGCCUCCUCUGAACGAGACGGACACCACCAUCACAGUUCUGCUGAAGCCUGCCCAGUCCAGAGGAGCUCCUGUCAGUGUCUACCAGUUGGUGGUGAAAGAGGAACGCAAGCAGAAGGUGCGGCGGGCAGCCGACGCGCAGGAGUGCUUCCCCGUCCCCGUCAGCUUCAAGAAUGCCUCCAUCUUGGAUUCGCCCCACUACUUUGCGGCGGAGCUCCCACCCACCUACCUGACUGUGGUUCAGCCCUUCACCGUAGGUGACAACAAGACCUACAACGGCUACUGGAACCCUCCCCUCUCUUCAUCCAAGAGCUACAGCAUUUACUUCCAAGCCCUGAGCAAAGCCAAUGGGGAAACCAAAAUCAACUGUGUGAGACUGGCUACUAAAGGCGCGUCCACCCAGGACUCGGACGCUGUGGAGCCCGAAAAGCAGGUGGACAGCAACGUCAAGAUGGCUGGUGUCAUCGCAGGCAUCCUCAUGUUCGUCAUCAUCCUACUAGGAGUGGUUCUCACCUUUAAACGCAGAAGAAAUGCAUAUUCCUACUCUUAUUACCUGAAACUGGCCAAAAAACAGAAGGAGACAGCCAACAGCAGCACCCAGCGGGAGAUGGGGCCGGUGGGCACGGCUGACAAGAGCACCACCAAAGUCAGCACUCUGCACAAGGACGACCCUUUCUCCACCAGCAGCCAGGACCUCAAUGGUUUCACAUCCCCCUCUCCCUGCUCCUUCUCUGUGCAAGGCAAAACCCUGCAAAGCAAAUCCCUUUUGAAUUCCUACUACUCAGUGUCGAAGGAGGCUGUUGCAGUCCCUGCAACAGCAUCAAUCGACAGCAGCCAUAGUGAGUUGGCUCAGCCAUCGUUGACCAUCCAGACGUACCCAUACGGGGGCUGUGAGUCAGUAGAGAUGUCCUACCAAGCAGGCCAGUUCCAGCCAGCCAUCCGUGUAGCCGACCUCCUCCAGCACAUCACCCAGAUGAAGUGUGGCCAGGGCUACGGCUUCAAGGAAGAGUAUGAGGGUCUGACGGAAGGACAGGCGGCCCCAUGGGAGACUGCCAAGAAGGAUGAGAACCGCAACAAGAACCGAUAUGGCAACAUCAUCGCUUAUGACCACACUCGUGUCAGACUGCAACUGCUAGAUGGAGACCCCCACUCGGACUACAUGAAUGCCAACUACAUAGACGGGUAUCAUAGACCAAGACAUUACAUCGCCACACAAGGCCCCAUGCAAGAGACUGUGAGAGAUUUCUGGAGGAUGAUCUGGCAAGAGAAUUCUGGCAGUAUCGUCAUGGUUACGAACCUGGUGGAAGUGGGCAGGGUGAAGUGCGUGAGGUACUGGCCUGACGAGACUGAUGUGUACGGAGAUAUCAAGGUGACACUGAUCGAGACAGAGCCACUGGCCGAGUACGUCAUUCGCACCUUCACAGUCCAGAAGAAGGGCCACCAUGAGAUUCGGGAGAUCCGUCAAUUCCACUUCACUAGCUGGCCUGACCACGGUGUGCCCUGCUACGCCACCGGCCUCCUAGGCUUCGUCCGCCAGGUCAAGUUCCUCAAUCCUCCCGAUGCCGGCCCCAUCGUGGCCCACUGCAGUGCCGGGGCUGGAAGGACAGGCUGUUUCAUAGCUGUGGACAUUAUGCUGGAUAUGGCCGAGAACGAGGGUGUGGUGGACAUCUUCAACUGCAUCCGCGAACUGCGCUCACAAAGGGUUAACAUGGUGCAAACCGAGGAGCAGUAUGUCUUUGUCCACGAUGCCAUCCUGGAAGCCUGCUUGUGUGGAAACACAGCCAUCCCAGUCUGUGAAUUCAGAGCCAUAUACUACAACAUUAUCAGACUGGAUCCACAGACCAACUCUAGCCAAAUUAAGGACGAGUUUCAGACUCUGAACAUUGUGACUCCCCGGGUUCGGCCUGAAGACUGUAGCGUGGGACUGCUCCCCCGGAACCACGACAAGAACCGCAGCAUGGACGUCCUGUCUGUGGAUCGCUGCCUGCCUUUCCUCAUCUCUGUUGAUGGAGAGUCCAGUAACUACAUCAACGCUGCCCUCAUGGAUAGCCAUAAACAGCCAGCAGCCUUCAUCGUAACCCAGCACCCGCUGCCCAACACGGCCGCCGACUUCUGGAGGCUGGUCUUCGACUACAACUGCUCCUCGAUAGUCAUGCUCAACGAGAUGGAUUCAGCGCAGCUUUGCAUGCAGUACUGGCCCGAGAAGAGCUCCUGCUGCUACGGCCCCGUCCAGGUGGAGUUCAUCUCAGCCGACAUCGAUGAAGACAUCAUCAAUCGCAUCUUCAGGAUCUGCAACAUGGCCAGGCCCCAGGAUGGCUACCGUUUGGUGCAGCAUUUCCAGUUCAUUGGCUGGCCGGCCUAUCGGGACACGCCCCUGUCCAAGCGUUCCAUCUUGCAGCUGGUGAGACGUCUGGCCAAGUGGCAGGAGCAGUACGACGGGGGAGACGGACGCACCGUGGUCCACUGCCUGAUGGGUGGUGGACGUAGUGGUACCUUCUGUGCCAUCUGCAGCAUCAGUGAGAUGAUCCAGCAACAAAACAUUGUAGAUGUGUUCCACACCGUCAAGACCCUGAGGAACAACAAAUCCAACAUGGUGGAGACUAUGGAACAGUACAAGUUCUGCUAUGAAGUUGCUCUGGAGGCCCUUAGCUCAUUCUGAGAGAGCAACGCUGCCUCUCGUCUCUCGUGUCUGUGGGACACAGUGCUGACACUGCAGACACCAACCCAUAUGAGGCAGUGGAUGUGUGUGUGACCACACACAUGUGAAACUCUAUAAUGAAGAAAAAAACACCCUCCACACUGGGGUUAUGUGUGCGCUUUUGCAAGACCGGGACCCCUUUCGCUUGUAUAAAGAAAAAAUGGAAUGAAAACCUUUAAACACAGCUUUCCUUCUCUUACUUCAAUGUCCAUCUUGGACUGUGAUGUGAUCUUGUACAGUAAUUUCCUUUUUAGAUAUAUGCCUUGAAUUUGAUUCCCUCAGUGUAAAAAUACAAACCAAGAAAAUAAACUGACAUGGCUUCAGCUGAUGGGGAUAU